AUGGAGCUCGAAGCCGAGGGCGGCGGCGCCGCCAGGAUCUUCAUCGGGCCUGGUUCUAGGAAGACGGAGAUCGGGAGGGGACGGGGGUUUGACACACCCGAUCGCACCGUCUCCCGCCGCCACGUCUCCUUCCAGCUGAUCGCCCCGGUGGAAGACGACGGAGAAGCUAGGGUUUCCUUCGAGGUCCUCGGCAGAAAUCCUAUCAUCAUCGUCACCCCAGGAGGAAACAAGAUCGUUCGGAGGUCAGAGGAGGGGGAAUUGUCCGCGGGAGACCGCGUUUCUCUGUCUCUCAGGCACCCGAUCUUCUUCUCCCUCAAGUGCCGCGACGGAGGAGAGGGACGAGUGGAGGGCGGAAUGACUGAGACGGCUCCUGAGCGGGAGAGGACGGAAGAGGAUGAAGGGAUUGAGGAUGCAGGGCUGGAGGACUCAUGGAGAUUCCCAUCGUCCGAUCUCUCGCAGAUCGAUCCGGUCCGAGGUAGGUUCAGGGUGUUCUUCACGCUCGAGGUGUCUGGCCCUGCUACAUAAGAUCAUCGCACCUCUUUGUUGAAAUGUCUCGGUCUGACUUUGAUUGCAGAGUUCGGUUUCAUGGUGAGAGAGCACGAGUUCGACGAUUAUCUGAAGAGAAUCCGCGAACCUGAGAAAUGGAACUGGUUCCUUGCGGAUGAGCGUGAGAACAGCGACAAGGAGGAGGAGGAGGCGGUGGAGAACACGAAGAAGGGCGAGAGGAAGGCGCAACGAGGAGGUGAAGAUGACGAGGAGUGGAGGGGAGACAGCGAGGACGAGAAGAUGGCGGCGGCCAAGGCGGGAGGCGCAGAGCGACCAGGUUACCUUACCAGAUCAGAAAAAAAGCGAAGCAAACCAUCUCCCGGUGACCUAAAAGCUGGAAUGGAAGUGGACGGUGCUCGGAAGAGGAGAAGUGAGGAAGAAGAAGACGAGGAGGACGAGACCUUGGGAGGCUUCAUCGUGGGCGACAACGGGGAGGAAGAGGGGGAGCAAGAAGAAGAGGAAGAGGAAGAGUUCGACGACAAAGAUGACGAUGACUGA